AUGAGCAGAGUCUACGGCUUUUUAGGAGGUAUUUUGGUGACAACUUCUGUUGCCUAUUACACAGCGACUGAGUUUCGACGGAACUCAGAAUUUGUUACGGGCCAGCUCAAGCAAUCGCGCGAGGUCCUUGACAACUACGGCAAGCCUAAUCCUUUUGUUCCCCGGAAAAUCGAAGUUGAGACUCGCGAUGACAUUAAGGAGACUAUGAAGGACCUUUGGAAUCACGAAAUUGUCCGUGGUGUCAACUGGUUCUACAACAUUCAGUGGAAUGUCCUAGGAAAGCGUGUUGAAAAUGCUGCCGGUAAGCUUGUCGACAGCAUUAAGGGUGCCACUGCUUAG